GCCAGGACUAAGAUUAUGACUUCCGUUUUGCUCUCAUUUAAUGUAAGAAUGAAUGGACUGAAGCAGUGGACGUGGGUGGCUGCAAUGGCACUCCUGGUGCUGACGGCGAUGGCCGCCGAAGGAGGAAAAGCAGACAAACAAGGAAAGAAAGAGCGUAAAUCUGACUGUGGGGACUGGCAGUGGAGCGUGUGCGUGCCCAACGAGGGCGACUGUGGACUCGGCACCAGGGAGGGAACCCGGACCGGCACCGACUGCAAACAGACCAUCAAAACACAACGCUGCAAGAUCCCAUGCAACUGGAAAAAGAAGUUUGGAGGGGAGUGCAAGUAUGACUUCCAGGCCUGGGGGGAGUGUGAUCUGGCGACAGGCAAGAAGAACAGGACGGGGGUUCUGAAGCGAGCACUGAUGGACGCGACCUGCGCCGCCACCGUCACGGCAACCAAGCCAUGUGGGAAAAUCCUAAAGACCAAGCUGCAAGAUGCAAAAAAGCAAAAGAAGGAAGGGAAGAAGCGCACCCCAAUGAACUGAUGAGGAUUUCUGAGGCUGAAAGGCGGAAGCGGAGGGUGGAAGGACGUCCACUGCUGUUUCCACAUGGUUGCUGUUUAUAUGUUCUAUAGUAUGAUGACAGUAGGAGCCUGUGUAGCUUUCACAAAAGCAGUGAAAACACAACUUUUAGUGACAAUGUAUUCUAUUUUUUCUUGUUUUUAGCACCUGAAAAAAAAUAACAUCUUGUAUUCUGCUGUAGGAGAUAUAAUUCACAGCGGUAGGGUUGGAUAAUGAGAAGAUUUGUUUACUAGCUUUCUCACUUAAUGACGUUAUCUCUUGGAUUAUUGUCUUGAGAGCAAAUUGCCUAGGAUUUAUUUUACAGUAUAAAUAGCCCAGCUCUAAUUUGGUAAAACUCUUUAUCCUGUUCUCCGCCUUAAUGAAAAUAAUUGUCUGAAGUAAGGCUUCAAAACAUUCACAUUAAUUAAUUUGAACAAAAUAAUGCAUUUGUAAUUCUAAGAGUUAAAGAGCCCAACAAAAAAGUGGAGUUCUUUUGUUGCUUGAAGACGUUUUAUCCCUCAUCCCAAAAGGCUUUCAUCCCUUCUGAUCAUGGUUUGGAAAUCCGGGACUCACAAACUGUUGUAGAACAAAGCCAACUGAGGCCACUGCGUGCAGGCGAAUCACCGACCCGCCCUUCCAUUAUCCUUAUGACUCGACGAACUCCUCUAAACAACAUGCCAGUGGCAUGACUGGUUAUGAGAUGUUGAUGGAACGCUGAUGAGUUGGCUGCUCCGUGCUGAGCCAUCUGUGUUCAGAGGUUAUAUCCGGGCUGCAUGGUGGCGCAGUGGUUAGCACUGUUGCCUCAUAGCAUGAAGGUUGCAGGUUCGAAACUCGGCUGCGGCCUUUCUGCAUGGAGUUGUGUGUUCUCCCCAUGCAUGCGUGGUUUUCCUCCGGGUACUCCGGUUUCCCCCACAGAUCACAACAUGCCCUAUAGGUUGUAAAUUAAGUGGCUUUGGAUAAAAGCGUCUGCUAAAUAAAUAAACAUAAACAAAAACAUCCUGCGCAUGACUGCAGGUGCAACACGGCUCAGCUUGUGUUUCCGUGUUUUUUCCUGACAGUAAACCUGAGUUUCAUUGAUUCUCUCACUUGGUUUUCUUUUCUCCUUCACUUGACUGAGGUCCUGUCCACACGUAGCCGGGGAUCUGCCAAAACGUAGAUAUUUUUCUACGUUUUGGCCUGUCAUCCACACGAAAACGGAGUUUUUUUACACGAAAACGGAUCUUUUUAAAAACUCCGGCCAAAGUGAAGAUCUGUGUUUUCUCCGUUUUGGGUGUCUGCGUGUGGACGGACAAAACCGGAGUUUUAAGAUCCGCAACGUCACUUUCCGCGACAAAAAAAAUGCUGACAUCACGUGUGCGACCUGUGUUUACACUAGCCGACAGCAUGGAAGCCCUCAGAGCUGCGCUCGCUUUAUCAAUUGUCCAAGCGCUUUCUGCUUGUUUGUUUUUGCAAGAGGAAUUACUGCUCCUUGCAGAAGACCACAGACGAAGGACGAGGUUAAGAACGGGGGAAGUACUGCCGCCUACAGGUCCGGCAUGUCCUUAACAACGUAUUUAUCCGGGUACGUGUGGACAGAGUUUGUUUUUAAAACGUGGUGGUGUGGAUGCAAGUUUUUGGAGGGGCGGAUAUUCGUUUUUAAAUAACCCCGGCUACGUGUGGACUAGGCCUGAGUGUCUUUUAACUUCCUGAAUGCCUUAACAGAAGCCUGGUUAGUCUCAGUAGGGUAGAAGGGAUUCGUUGAUAGGCGUUGUUUUUUUUUUUUAAUUUUUUGUCUUUCUCUUCUGUUCUUUUGGGGAAUUGUUCAGGUCCUUUUUGUAGAGUUUCAGAUCUACAUGCAUGCAGCUCGGGUGGCUCAACAGCUCAUGUGACUUUACUAGUCCCAGCUAGUGUGUAUCAUUCUCAGUGAUGCUGCAAGGUUGUCAUGGAGCCCCAAGUAAGAAGGCUGUCUGUCUGUCUGCAGUAACAGGUGGGAGUGGUUGUGGUUAGUGUUUGUUGCGGUGGUGGGACAAGAUUAGCCUUUGGAGCAGUUGGUUGGGAGGGUUAGGGCGCCAUCAGGGAUUCUGAGACGGCCAACAGUGUUUUUAUCUGUCUCACUGUUACGGCUCGGACUUGGUUCAAACAUGGUAACUGUCACCUCUGGGGGGCCCCUGAGGGACCCAAGCAAUGGCCUGCUCUGGCUAUCAGCUUGUGAUUUUUCCACAAUAACUUAUAAAUCUGGAAAUCUAAAACCACCAAACCAUGAUCUGAACUGAAGAAGGCUUUUGGACGAGCGGCAAUCAUUUCAAACCCUUGCCACAUCCUGUGUGAGUGGGCAUCUUCACCUCUGUGCAUUUUGUACUGCUGAAGUUUUCACUUCCUGUCAAACUCUGAUGAACUUUACAGCAAGCCAUCAAUAUAACCCAUUUAAAACAUGUUUAGUGUGAUCUCCUGCUGCUUUGUCUGUACCUCAAUUUACAACCACGUAUUUGUAACGACCCCUUCCUCUUGAAUGUAUCCUCAUUUUAGGUCUUAAUGAAAUUUAACAUCUUGUUUGCUUCUUGGUUCUUUUUCAAAACUCAAAAAACAAUAAAAGUUAGAAAAACGA